AUAUGACAACCUAUAUUGGUCUAUACAUGCGCAACAUAAAAGCUCAAAAUUACUACAACAAAACGAAUCCUUAACUGCGUUCAAGUAGGGGCAAGAAAGCAAGUGCUCACUAAUUAAAAAUGCAUAAUUUAAGCAAAUCCGAGAUGUUUCUAUUGGAUGUGAGAUGCAUGCACCAUGUAAGUAUAAUGCAAGUAUUAUGCAUCGAUAAAAAAGAAGUAUUAUGCAUAGAUAGAUGUGACUGUAUAUAAUUUGUGUGUAGGUAAGAGAGAAGAUAAUAUAAUCGUGGUGACAGAAGUAUAGAGAGCACAAAAGAGUAGCUAGAGAUGCAGCAGGCUCUUCCUGCUCUCUAUAUUCUGUCAAAAACUAGAAACGUUCAAGCAAUCAAGCUUAAUGUUACUAUACAAAGAAAGAACGCAUAUAACCAGAUUUAGUUAGGCGUUAUAACAUAGUAGUGGAACUGUUACAGUCUUACAGACUAUUAUGUUAUAUGCUCAAAAUUUUAGAGGCUAAAAACAAAUAAUUUUUCUUAAGAUCGUGGGAGUUAUGCCCAUAUAUCUUGUCGAAAGUAUUUGAAAAUUUUAAUUUGAAAAAUAAGAAGUUUGAAACCUAGACUCAAAGGAACCAACUUUCUAUUAGGCUACCACCACUUUGCAAAUAAAUGAAUAUCUUCAUUUAGGUAUAGUUAUUUUUGUUUUAAAGCCACAUCCAAUGGUGAGAAAAAAAAAGACAAAAAAACAAGGGAAAAACAAAGUAAUAUAAUGUUCUGAAAAAAAAAACUUAAUUUUGCGAUAAAACAUAUUUAUCGUCGAUCUUUCCUCCCCAAAAUCACAAAACCGUUCUUUAUCAAAAAAAAAAAAAAAAAUCACAAAACCAUUCACAUCUUCAGAAGUUAUUGUUUCAUUGAUUCGUUUGUAAAUUGCAACGCAACCGUAAUAGAAACAUUAAUUAGGGUUUUUAAACCUCGAUCGUCCAUCGUUUCUUUUCGCAUUUUUACCAGGUCGAUGUAAUUAGCCUGCGAGAUGGGUAAGAUAACGCUUGGAUCUCACACGGUAAAGAGCCAUGGAUGGAAAGUGGCUCGAGAACAUCUAAUUGACUGGAUCAUCCUCGUCCUCCUCGGUAUCGUCAUCAUUGUUCUCAACAUUAUGGAGCCUUUUCAUCGCUACAUCGGGCCAGACAUGUUGACCGAUCUAACUUUCCCAUUGUAUCAGGACACCAUCCCUAUUUGGGCUGUCCCGAUUAUUUGUAUAUUGGUUCCGAUAUGCAUCUUCACAGUGUACUAUUACUUUGGAAGAGAUGUUUAUGAUCUUCAUCACGCCAUUCUCGGUAUUGGAUUCUCAUGUCUUGUAACUGGAGUCACCACUGAUUCCAUCAAAAACGCGGUCGGUAGGCCACGACCUAACUUCUUCCACCGAUGUUUUCCCGAUGGUAAAGCGAAAUUUGAUUCGGUUACUAAGGAUGUUGUGUGCCACGGACUUAAAAAGAUCAUCAAAGAAGGUUACAAGAGUUUUCCUAGCGGUCACACUUCCUGGUCCUUCGCCGGUUUAACUUUCCUUGCAUGGUACUUAUCGGGGAAGAUCAAAGUCUUUGACAGAAGAGGACACGUGGCAAAGCUAUGCCUUGUGUUCUUACCAAUACUCGUCGCAGUUCUCAUCGGAAUAACACGCGUCGACGACUAUUGGCACCAUUGGACCGACGUCUUCGCCGGUGCGAUCAUCGGAAUAUUUUUCGCUUCUUUAUCUUACCUCCACUUUUUCCCUUACCCAUACGACGACAAUGGAUGGGCACCACAUGCGUAUUUUAGAAUGUUGGCCGAGAGUAGUCGUCGUGACACAACGAUGACUCGGAGCAGUUCACGAGAGAUGUUGGAAAACGACGUUGAGCUUGGCUCUACCUCCAUGCCGCACCACCGUAAUCGAGGAAGCACUGAUUCUGAAUGAUAAUAUUCCCUGUGCACAUUUUAAUUUAUUUAUGUGUAUAAUUUAUAACUACAUGAUUAUACAUGUCUGACCUACUGGUAAUUUGAUACUACAGCUCAAAUGUUACUUUGCCUAAAAUAUACAUUUCAAUAUGUAGCAUAUAACUGUUGUUAACCGUG